AUUCACACGUGUGACCUCCACGUGUACUUUAUAGAUACAUACAGCUUUUUUUGUACCUAUAUUUAUGAUCUGGCAAUGACACGUAGUACUCAUUCACCGCAUUAUUUUUUUUGAGUCUCAUUUUCUCCUUUAUUCUCUCUUACACCACACUAUGAACACACCAAACACAUCGGAAAUUCAACAACACGGCUGUGCACGGCGGAGCAACAGAGGUUUUCCGAUAGUGACGCUGACGACGACGACAAAGAUGAACUGGUGGAUUGUGAAAUGGAAGCAACGCAAAGUUUGAUUUUGUAUAGAGACGGAUCUGGAAUUCGAAGUUUUGUUUUUCUUUUCAAAAUGAAGGACAAAUUUACGCCGCCGUGCAAGGCGGUGGAAGGGAAGUUUGCUGGUGGAGAUGGAAAAGGUGAACUGGUGGAUUUUGAAAUGGAAGCAGCACAAGCAUUGGCUUGUUUAGCUAAUCCAGGGAGUAGAAGUGAUGAAUUUUCAGUUCCAGGACCAUCUGGUCGCUCUGAGGAACAUGUAAUAACGAUACAGUCCGAGCAUGAAUCUGAACCAAAAACAAGUCCUCAACAUGUUCUGAACUAUCCACCAGUUGCCAGCAGAAGAUCGAGGCAGAAUUUGACUGAGGAGGAGAAGGAAGAACGGAGACUCUCUCGUGUUUUGGCGAAUAGAGAGUCUGCUAGGCAAACAAUUCGCCGGAGACAGGCUAUGUAUGAGGAAUUGACAAGAAAAGCAGCUGAUCUUUCAUCGGAGAACAACAAUUUGAAGAAGGAAAAGGAGCUGGCAGCUAAGGAGUACGAUUAUUUGAAGAACGAAAAUGUUACCUUAAGACGACAGAUGUCUAGAAUAGAGAAGGCUGAAGCAGAGGAAACAGAUGGUGCUUCUAGGUCGAAACCAGUAGAAAUCUCGAGUACAAGUCCAACUCCAGCUCCAAAUCUGACUCCAACUCCAGCUCCGACCUCUCUUUUUAACCAGCCUCCUAUAUUACCUUUCUUUUGGCCAUCCAUCGUUCAACCUUUCAACCUAUUACAAUGUAGUACUCAAAAUAUUUCUGAUAUUGCAUCAGUGGUGCCUUUACCUAUUGCCGGUGAAUUAAAUUCUAUCAACAGACAACAGAUUUCGAAUCCAGGAAAUCCACUAUAUUUACUUCCCUUCCCUUGCUUGAUCCCAUUUUAUCCUCAAAGUAAUCCGUUCCUUCCGUGGGCCUCUACCGUUACUGAAAAACAUGCCGAGACUUCCUCAGCCCAUCAGUGUAGUACAUCAUAUAUGAACAUGGAGAACAAUCAAGCAGCAACUACCCAGGAAACCGAGACGGAAGCUUUUCUUGGUUUUCCACCAGACUCAUGUGCAUCUGACAGAAGGCGACAGCGCUCUAGAGAAAUGAUCCCUAUGACUGGUCCCUCUGGAUAUAUUGACACUCAUCAUCAACAAGACGACGAUACCCCUGAUACCAAUGCUCUCUCUUGUACCGCGGGACAUAGAGGAGAUACAUCAGAAAAGACAUCUGAAGAAUCCAUCACCUGCUCUAGCGAAAAGACGGCAGAUGCCAUUGCAGCAGCAACAGAAGCUCGGAAACGAAGGAAAGAGCUACUGCAUUUGAAAGGCCACCAUUAAACUCCUCAGGCCUGAAGUUCAUCGAAAAAUUAUCGAUGGACAAUCUCUACAGUAAAGGUGCACUCCUUUUAACAAGCCAUCUUUUAAUUUUCAGUAAGAGAUAUAUCAUGAUGCAACGGCAACAGAACAUUUACAAGUUUUGUGAGAAUUUUGUUUUUGCUAUAGAGUAAAUAUUAGAAGAGGAUGUAAAAUAUAUGUGCUCCUAUAUUUUGAACAUUUCAAAAAGUUUUAGUUGUUU